AUGUCGUCGAACGAUGAGAUUGAUUUAAUCGCAGGAUCGAGCGAGAUCGAGGAUCGGAUCGUGGAUCGCGGCGAUGCGACCGUUGGCGAAGCCCGUGUUUCGCUGACUGCCUUCACCGGGGGUCAGCUCGAUUUUGCUGCAAACCGUUUCGAUGCGCUGCCCCUGUUUUGCGUUAUGCGCGAGCAGACCGAAAGGAAUGCCAGAACCAGGAGCCGCGAUGAGCGAGUCAAAUUCCGCGAGGGUGCGGCGUCGCUGUUCUGGCGGCGAUUUCGAGGCGAGGCGAGAGUUCCCAAGCAGCGCAGAGCAGCGGUCGUCGUCCAGGCCGUGGCCGUGAGUUUGGUUUCAAAUUCGCGGUUCUGCACGGCCUCAGACAAAGAAGAGGUCCUUACCGUGAGCCGUCGCAGCGUAGAAGCAGAAGCCCGCAAAAGCCUGGAUCUGGCGGCGGGCCGCGCAGCCAUGGGCAACACGGGCUGGCGGCUGUGGCCACUGCUGGCUCGGGCGCUGUUCGCUGUGACUACAGCGGGAUGA